UGUCCCGUGAUCCUCUGCGCCGGAUGUGCUCUGUAUCCAUGACAGUGUUGUUGUUAUGAAGCUAAACUACUCAGUGUUAUGUAAACGGAACUAGCAUUUAGUUAUUAUUUUUUCUUUCAGUAUCUCCUAUGAGACUAUUAAAGAGUACAGCAGUUUUACUGUUUUUAUUUCCCGAACAUAAAAUGAAGCGAAAGAUACCGCAGAAGUGCCAGCGAAGGGUUUAGCUGAUUAGCCGAUUAGCCAUCUUUCAGGCUAAUACUGCAGGCUAAGAAAGGUUAGCUAGCACAGGGAGUGCGUUAGUUGCUGAUCAGGACACAGCACUGAUUAUCGGAAUAUCGCGAUAUCGCAGCUUAUGGUUCAGUUCACAGUAAUGUGAAGCCGGAGAGGAUGCAGGAGCGGCGGCUGGAGGAGGAGAAGCGGCCGCGGGCAGAGCUGAUACACACACCGCGAGGAGGAGGUGGAGGUGGAGGUGGAGGAGGAGGAGGAGGAGGAGGAGAGGAUGAUCUCCAGAUACAGCCGCAGAGCCGUGAAGCAGAACCUCUGUGGGGUUGCACAAACUGCCCUCGAUGAACACCCCCCACCUGAGAAGGCAGAAACAGAGUGCACGCCCCAUGCAAGGGCACAUCAGCAUACUGCACCCAUCUGUAACAGGUCGGUGUGUCCAUCAGCUGUUACCGUGGAGACGAGCAGGGCUUGGUCAGGGAUUGACAGUUACACAGGAACAGAAGUGAGCACUGAACGCAGCUCUGUCUUCUCCUGGGCCUAUGAUGAAUUUGAUAAAGUGGCAUCUCGUCAGGUCCAGCUGCUGUUUGAGGAGAUUGAUGAGGAGCUGUAUGAGGGGAGAGGAGGAGUCCAGCAGGAUGAGUGUAAACUGUGGACAUCCCGAUUCCCUCAUCUAAGAAUUUUGGGGAAGCAGUUGGUGUGUCCCACAGAUGAAGGGUUCCAGUGGUUCUCUGUCUCAUCUCACAACAGCAACUCGGGGACUCGCAUACAGAGCACAGGCAAUGAGCUGUGUGUGCAGGGACAGAAGGCUGCACUGUGUAUGGAGGUGACACAAACACCUGACUCCGUUAGUUCUCAUGAAGACGAGGUACACAGAGUAAUAGAAGAAGAAGAAGGACUGAUGGAGGAAUACCUGGCCUUCGACUGGAGAGACCUUGAUGAUGAGUGUGUGUGUGUGAACAGGAAGACACACUCUUUGCCCCCCGUGUCACCGUAUCGCUGCAGGAGGGAGGCAGUACUGGACUUCUUAUUUGAUGACGUGUGGCAGGAGCUGAUUGGUUGCAUGGAGGAACUUCUGAGGAGACUGUGGGAGGGCUGCAGCUCAGACGAAGAGAAGAGUUCAGCAUCUCUCAGUCCAGCACACCAUCAAUCCCAUAAUCCCUCAGGGCUGAAGUCCAGCACUUCCUGUACUCUGCCACGCCUUGGCCCCCAGCCACAGCACACUCAUAACGUCCUCCACAGUCCGAGCACAAAGUCGAGGAGCUCAAAGUCCAGAUGGAAAUCCAAAAAGCAGAAAAAGGCAUCUACUCCCAGUCGGGUGUGUGCAGGAUCAGCAACAGUGCAGCAUCACACUCUGAAUGAGCUGAUUGUGGUUCAUGGUCUUCCUCUGCAGCAGCGUCAUACAACUGCACCAGAUCAUGCUGCACAUGACUCAGAAGAGAGGUUGACCCUCUCUAAGCCCCGCCCUCGUCGCUCUCUGGAACAUAGCCCUUCCCCUUUACCCCGCCCUCCUCCAGCAUCACGGAGACGACCUCUCCUCCCUCGCACGCUCCUCCCUCUGACCCAGUCCAGCACAGCAGGAAACAUGGAGGACGUUAUCAGAGGAACACGACUCGCCCCGGCUGGUGAUCGCCUAUCCUCUUCUGCAAUGACCCUCAGCAGGAACACACUCCUCCCCCCAAUUGGCACUGCAGACAAAGAACAUACACACUCUGGACAUCACACACGCCUCUCUCAGCGCCACAGAGCUCCUUCCAGUAGUGCUCAUAGUGCUGUAGCAGAUGAAGCCGGCAGCCUGCUGGCCAUCUCCAGACCCAACACCACACACACCUUCAGGUCAGAUACACCUCAUCGCCGUUCUUUCACUGUUCUGGACAGCAGUGUGGCGGCAAGACCAGGCAGAGCCACAUUGGGCACAGAUUCUUUGGGUAUUGGUGUAACAGGGACUAGCUUGGCUAUUAGCAGCUCUUCCUUCUUGGACCCAUUUACUGCUCAUACCCUUGACCACUCCCCCAUUGAGGAUGGGGAGGAGCCAGAAAGUAGAGCCCCACCCCCUGCUCUGUUUGUUCCUGCGUCCCUCCGUUCACACAGCAGAGGAGGCCUGAUGACUCGGUGCAACAGACCAGGACCUUGAAACACACACACACACACACACACACACACACACACACACACAGCAGUUCUCAGCAGAUUUUUCUACAACCUUUAUGUACUGUUAUUAUGAUUAUUAUUAUUAUUAUUGUAGUUGUUUCAUUUUUUUAGAGUCCUAUUUUUGUAUAACUGCCAAAGACAAUAAUACACACACACACACACACACACACACAUACACACACACACACAGUGCCAUGUUGUUACUGUAGACCUUUUGGUUCCUGUGUGAUAUAAAUGAAACUAUGACAAACUCUAAUGUUACUACAUGUCUUAUGAGCAUCCUGGGGAUUUUUAUUAUGCUUUUUUAAUGAUUGUUGUCAGGAAAAAUACUUUGUGAUUAAAGCCUUAGUGCUGUAAGCCAUACCACACACACACACACACACACACUUUAAUGUUUAAAUUGAAUAAUUAAUAUCGGCACAUUUUAAUGAUGAAUUAAAGUUUUU